AUGCCCUCCCUGAUAGCAAUCCCCACUGAUGCUGCAGAGCAGGAAGACAUGAGUGAGGAGCAGUUGGGUGAUGCCAGUGGAACAGACAAUACUGAGACCUACAGUGACAAAGACACAGACCAAAGGAGUUCCCCAGACAUGACUAAAACCAAAAGCUGCUUCACCCCUGAAAGCCCUGAAAUUGUUUCAGUGGAUGAGGUCGGCUAUGCAGUUCAGAAAAAUGGUGGGAGCACAGAGAGCCAUCCAGACAGCCCCAAGUACCACCCAGAGCAGAACCACCUCCUGAUAGAAGGUCCUUCUGGGACAGUUUCUUUACCUUUCAGUUUGAAAGGCAACAGACCUCCACUUGAAGUCUUGAAAAAGAUUUUCCCUAACCAAAAGCCAACUGUGCUGGAGCUGAUCCUGAAGGGAUGUGGUGGUGAUCUGGUGAGUGCUGUAGAGGUUCUCCUGUCCAGCCGGUCUUCGGUGGCUGGUGGGGAAAGAACUUCCUCUGAAUCUGAUGGGCUUGUUUUGCCUUCCAGUGGGCACAUUUUUGAACACACACUGAGCUCAUACCCUAUUUCCUCUUCCAAGUGGUCUGUGGGCUCAGCAUUUAGAGUUCCUGACACGCUGCGGUUUUCUGCUGAUUCCAGCAAUGUCGUGCCAAAUCCUCUGGCUGUACCUUUGCAGCACCCUUUCCCUCAGCCACCACGCUACCCGCUGAUGCUGAGGAACACUUUGGCAAGAAACCAGUCCAGCCCGUUCCUGCCCAAUGACGUCACCCUGUGGAACACUAUGACGCUGCAGCAGCAGUACCAGCUACGGUCCCAGUACGUCAGCCCUUUCUCUAGCAACUCAGCCAGCGUUUUCCGAAGCUCACCUGUCCUUCCUUCCCGCUCAUCAGAAGAUCCUAGAAUCUCAAUCCCUGAUGACGGGUGUCCUAUUGUGUCUAAGCAACCGAUUUAUACAGAAGAUGAGUAUGAUGAAAGAUCUGAUUCUUCAGACUCAAGAAUACUCAACACAUCAUCUUAG